UCUGAUGAUGAACUGAAUCCUAUUGAUUUGACCAAUAUGAUUGAUACAUUUGAAAAGUUUUUCGAUUUUGAAGGUGCAGUUGAUCCAACUGAAUUUUUAAGAAUAAUGAGACAAACUUUGGGCAUUUCUGAGCAAGAGUAUAGGGAAUUGGCAAAUGAAAAGAUAAGGCAGGAAUCUGAUCAGAUUACAAGUAUGUUAGGAGAGCUUAUGGAUCAAUCAAAAUCAAUAUCUUCACAACAAUUCUUAUCAUCUGACAUUUCUGAAUCAUCAUCACGUGGAAAGAUGAAAGAGUCAAACAACGACAUUGACAUGGAUGCAUACAUGCGGGCACUAGAUGCUGAAUUAUCGUUAUCAAAAAUUUCUGGAUCAUUUAUAAAAACGCCUCAAGAGGCUUUGAAUCAACCACUAUCGGAGGAUAAAAUAAACAAUUAUGAAUAUGAUGAUGAUGAAUUAAGCGAACCAGUUAAUAUUAAUUUAAAUCUUGCUAAAAAUUUGUUAGAAAGUUUUAAAGCACAGGAAGGACUACCUGGACCAGUUGGAAAUAUAUUUGGAAGAAUGGGAGUAGGUGCAUUACCAAGAGAUGAUGAUGAUGAUGUAGCUACUGGCAGCA